AUGGGUGAAGCUGGGAAAAGUUCUGUGAUUAGAGAGACACUUGAGAGUCUUUGUGUUAGCAAUGGGUGGUCUUAUGGGGUUUUCUGGCGCUUUGAUCAGAGAAAUUCCAUGUUGUUGACCAUGGGAGAUGCAUAUUAUGAAGAGCACAUGGGAGCAGUGAUGGACAGUAUGCUUUCACAGGUCCACAUGCUUGGAGAAGGUAUUAUUGGGCAAACGGCUUUCACGGGGAAGCACCGGUGGAUGCAUUCAGAUGCUUCUAGUGGAGAAUGGAAUUCAUGCAAUUCUCUUGAAAGUCAAGAUAUGUUCCAGGAUGACUCUGAGUUCAGGUGCCAAUUUUCUUCUGGUAUAAAGACAAUUGCGACAAUCUCUGUUGAACCACGAGGAGUAAUUCAGUUCGGAUCCACCAAAAAGAUUAUGGAGCGGUCCGAAGUUUUGGAUGAAACAAAAAGGUUGUUCUGGGAGAUGGAAAAUCUUGAUGGGCUUAUUCCUUUGGAAAAUGUUCCAUCAUGUUUGAACAAUGGUACUAAUGAUCUAAAUGAGUUGUUUGCUUCCUUAAUUUCAUCUGGGAAUUCCUAUAAUGGAGAUGUCACCUGGACCCUUGGUGAUAAAUUUAAAGAGCUCCGAGGAAACGAUACUUCUGCAAUGAAUUUACAUUCUACAUCAUCUGAUGACAUUGGCUCAGCUGAUAAAACCCCUUGGUUUAGUACAUGGAGUACUGAGUCUUCUUAUUUGACUUCAUUUGACUCGCAGUUGGCAUCUGAAAUUAGGGUUCAGGAUUCUCAUGAAUCUUGCAGAAAUACAGCACAGAAUAUUCAGAUGGAAUCAACAUUCACUUCAUUGGCUGACAUAGCGAAACCUAUUCAAGGCAGCUGUGGAUAUCAGAUGGAUAACCAGCAUUCUCUGCAUGGUUUCCCAGUGGAGUUUAACCCAACUGAUUUUACUACAAAUAUCUCUAAAUUCUGCCAGGUGGAUGAUCUUUCCCAGUGGUUUGCUGCUUCACCAGAACAGAACAUCAAUGGAAUGGCAACCACACUGAAUGAUGACCUCUCACAAGUAAUGGAAAGUACUUCGGGGUCAUCUGGUCUGGUUAAAGGUGAUAGGUUUAUUGAUGCUCCAAUUGAACAUCCAGAUAAUUCCAUGCACAGUUCCAUUACAAAUCCUUUCAAUGCUGGUGGACAUGAGAAUUCUGUGAUCAUUCAGAAUGCUGAAAAUGUUUUGUUUGAUGGUUUGGGACCAGAUUUUGGUUGUGGUCAAGUGGGGGAGUGUUGGGAAGAUAUUAUGGUGCCGGCAGUCAGUGGUGGCUACUUGACCGCUGGUACUGCUUUGACCAAAUGCUUCUCAGAGCCAGAAGUUGGUUCCAUGACUGCUCCUCGGAAAGGGUUGUUCUCGGAAUUAGGACUGGAAGAGCUUUUGAAUGGUAUAAGUACUACUUCAAGCUCCGUGUUUAAAAGCAGUCUAGAGGACCUAUCAUCCACCACCCGAAAAAGGAAAUCAGAAUGUUCAUCUGUGAACAGUAACCAGGUUCAGUUUGCAAGGCUUGCUGGCUCUAGUGGGAGCAUGCAUUCAAUGGAGCCUUUGUAUAACCUGGACAAGACAAACAGUCUUGUACCAAAGAAAGAUUUUUUCCCAAAAUCACAGGUCGGUUUAUGGAUUGAUGAUAGCUAUAGUGUCAACGCUAAAAGUGCUGCACAAGAUAAACAACAGCAGGCUGAGGAAUACACAAAGACCACCAGGAAAAGGGCAAGGCCUGGGGAGAGUACUCGACCAAGGCCCAAGGAUCGUCAGCAGAUCCAAGACCGUAUGAAAGAGUUAAGAGGGAUCAUCCCCAGUGGUGGCAAGUGUAGCAUAGAUUCGUUGUUGGACCGAACCAUCAAAUACAUGCUCUUCUUGCAAAGCGUGACGAAAUAUGCAGAUAAACUUAAACAGGCUCAUGAGCCAAAGCUAAUUGGCAAGGAGAAUGGUGUGGUUCUAAAAGACAACAACAACCGAUCUGCUGGUAAUACAUGGGCAUUAGCAGUCGAGGGUCAAACAGUGGUUUGCCCUAUAAUAGUUGAGGACCUUAGUCCACCUGGCCAAAUGCUUAUUGAGAUGCUUUGUGAGGAACAAGGUUUCUUCCUUGAGAUAGCAGACAUAAUCCGGGGCUUUGGGUUAAAUAUUUUGAAGGGGGUGAUGGAAAGUCGAGAGGAUAAGAUAUGGGCACGAUUUAUUGUUGAGGCAAAUAGGCAUGUAACAAGGAUAGAUGUAUUCUGGUCCCUUCUCCGUCUUCUUCAGCAAACAACAAACAAUGUGGUUGAUCCAACCAAUCUGCCGACUAAUAUCGUAGAUAGUGGAGUUCCUAUGUUGGAUAGUUGUCAACAACAAAGUUUACCUCCUCCCAUCAGCUUGUCAUGAGACGCUUAUCGUAUCGGCUUUGGGACGACAGUUUCAGGAAUACCUUGAGCAUUUACUUGUGAGGACAUGCCAUGAUAGGUGUUCUAGUAACGGAGGAAGUCACGAAAGAAGAGGAAUUUGGCUUAUCCAGCUUUGGAAGUAGGUGUGAAGUGUGCAUAUUGUUAGUAGAGAGUAGGAUACACCUUCAAAAUUGCAGGUGCUCUUUUUGUUGCUCUAGUUCCCAAUAAGAAAGGACAGGCUUUUUAGGCAAGGUUUUGUAUUUUGGUUGUUUAUAUCUUCAACCUGAUGAGAAUUAAACCAUUUAGUA